GGAAGUUGGCGGAUACGCGACGAUCCUGGGAUUCCAUCGAGAGCAAGGGCAAGUUCCGGAAUGUUCUCGUCAAGGGAUCGAUUAACUUUAAGAGCACGCUGAACGGAGUUCUCGUGGAACAUUUUCUCAAUAACAUCGUGACGAUGGCGGAUAAUCAGAUGAUCAAGGGGGAGGUGACGUUUAAGGAAGGGUUCGAGGUCGAGGAAAUGUUCGUGGGUGAGGUGAACCGUCUGGACGUCAAGGCGUUGUAUGCGAGGGCGAUGAGGAAGUCACGCGAUGAGAGUGUGAAGGCGGAGUUGGUGGUGAAGCAUCCGGUCGUGGUGGUGAGGAUGGAGGUGGGGGGGGAUGUCCUGCAUCCGGUGGUGGUUAAUGGGAUGGCGCUUCACGAGAUCAAGGACAGGGUGGUCAGGGCGAGGGAUGUCAAGUACAGCGUCUAUGGGAGGAAGAGGUUCCAAGGGGGGCUCAGGUGCAAGAGGCUUCAUCUCAAAGGUGGGAUGUUCCUG